AUGUCUGCUUGCCCCUCCAUCGACGAUGCUGUAGCUGCCCUCUACCCCCUCGACAUCCAUCCCCCUUACCUCUCCUGCCCCUCCCCAGCCGAGCACCAGCCGGCUUCUCGGUCCUGCUCUCCCCUCCUGCCGUCGUACGCAUCCCUCUGCGCAUGCCCCCCGCCGUCGCAGCCUCCAGGCCAGGACGACACAAGUCUGCCCGACGAGUCUAGCAGCGACAGCGGAGACAGCGGGGACAGCGGGGACUCCUUCUCCAGCAAGCGCAAGAUGUGGUCCCCCGACGAGCACGCCCGCUUCCUCGAGGCCCUUCGCAGGCAUGUCGCCCUCAAGCACAGGUCCGGUCUGCCAGACGCGGCGACGGGCAAGCUGCGGGUCGGGCUGGGACGAGGAGCGGCGAGGAAGAUCGCGCAGGCCGUGGGGACGAGGAGCGAGGCGCAGGUGCGAUCGCACGCGCAGAAGGUGUUCCAGCAGGCCAGCAGGGCCGGCAGGUCUCCAUGGGAGGUGUAG